AGGAGACAGAAGGCAUUAUUCGGACUAUGAUUUGGAGCUGUUAAACUGAAGCCAUUCUACGAGAAAUGCAGGCAUCCUUGGAUUCAAUUCUGCGUUUCCAUAUAACCUGAAGGCUGCGCAAAAGGGAUUUCCGUCGGUUUGCACGGCGUUUAAAAUCUGAACGCCGAUACAGGUGCAGCGCUGGGAACCGAUGCGGUAACUUGUGUGGAAACGUACAUAGAUAUAGCGCUUUAUUAAUCGGCAUAACGACGGUCCUCAGCGAUCGCGCUGCUAUUUUAAGGUCUUCGGUUAACGCUGGAAUUGCGUGAGUUUAUAAUCGGCUCCGAUCAGCAAAGUCAAGCCAACUUAUUGUUUUCAACUCCGUGAAGAAAACUGAACGUCCAGCUUCCUGCACCUGGUUAAGGACCUUGAGUAAUGCGGUCUGGCCCUGCACCGUAACCACGUCUGGAAUUUGUGAGGUCGGCCGCCACCUUCUGAAUGACAGACUGAUGGCUCCGCCGCACCUCCGUUAGCCACGUGUGGGCGGGGUGAGGGGGCAGCUCCAUGGCGACGGGCGACAGGGCCGCGAGGCCCCUGCUGGGAGGCCUCUUCUCCUCCUUCAGGGGCCGGCAGGAAGUGGUGCUGGCCCGCAGCGAGAGCUCGCCGGGGGAGCAGGUUCUCAAGAUAACCAUCACGGAGACCACCGUGAUAGAAGCGGACUCGGGGGUGUGGAACUCCAAAUCGCUGACCUACCUCACCAUUUGGUACUUCUUCAGCUUCUGCACGCUCUUCCUCAACAAGUACAUCCUGUCUCUACUGGAGGGGGAACCUAGCAUGCUGGGUGCGGUUCAGAUGCUCUCCACCACGGUCAUUGGCUGCAUGAAGAUGUACGUCCCUUGCUGCCUGUACCAGCACAAAUCCAGGGCGGAGUACCCACCCAACUUCCUCAUGAUCAUGCUCUUCGUGGGACUGAUGAGGUUCACCACAGUGGUGCUGGGCCUGGUCAGUCUGAAGAAUGUGGCCGUCUCCUUUGCUGAGACUGUGAAGAGCUCGGCUCCCAUCUUCACAGUCAUCAUGUCCAGGCUCAUCUUAGGAGAGUAUACAGGGUUGUGGGUGAACCUGUCCCUCUUCCCGGUGAUGGCGGGCUUGGCGCUCUGCACCGCCACUGAGAUCAGUUUCAACUUGCUGGGUUUCUCUGCUGCCCUCUCAACCAACAUCAUGGACUGCCUACAGAAUGUCUUUUCUAAGAAGCUUCUAAGUGGCGAUAAGUACAAGUUCAGUCCCCCAGAGCUGCAGUUCUACACCAGUGCUGCUGCCAUCCUGAUGCUCAUCCCAGCCUGGAUUUUCCUCCUGGACAUCCCUGUGAUCGGGAAGGACGGCCAAAGUUUCCGCUUCAGCCAGGACAUCGUUCUGCUGCUGCUCUUCGAUGGGGUCCUCUUCCACUUGCAAAGCGUCACCGCUUAUGCCCUGAUGGGGCGGAUCUCGCCCGUCACCUUCAGCGUGGCGAGCACCGUCAAGCACGCCCUGUCCAUCUGGCUGAGCAUCAUCGUGUUCAGCAACCAGGUCACCCUGCUGUCGGCGGCCGGCACUGUGCUGGUCAUCAUCGGUGUCAUGCUGUACAACAAGGCCAAGCAGGUCCAGAGGAAUGCGCUGCUGGCCCAGGUCAGCGCCCAGGCUGCCGAGGCCGACUUCAUGCCUCUGCUCCAGGAGAGCGAAAUCAGGGCAUCCCAGUAGGGGCCAUGUGCCUGACAGACCUCUGUCCCGGUCCAUUUUGGGGGACUGGCGGGGGGGGGGGGGGGAGUUAUGAUCUGGAUUUGGAUUCACUUAAGCCUCGUCCUGUCAUACAACAGGACCCUGGAGUGUUUGGUCAGUACCGUGAAUAUGGUGGAAUUCCUGUGGUUUCACACAAUGAAGGUGUGAGGAUGGUUUAGGUUUAUAGGCUCUGCUUCAGGACGAAGUUUAAACCGAUAUCCUGAUCUUUCAAGAGAGCAAAAUAAUUUGGGUUAAAGUAGCAGUCACGUUAUUUCAUGUCGAUGCUAAAAAUGACCAUAUUAAUGGCUGACUAUACUUUUUAAAAAAAAAAAAAAAAAAAGCUACAUGCAUGCAAGACUUUUUCCAGAGGUAGAGGAGGAAGAAAGAGCACUUUCUGAUGUGUGAGGGGUAUGCAGGGCAGCUGCCUGCACGCCAAGGUGUCUUUCAGCAGAUUAUUGAAACAGGAAUGAACCACCCAUUAGCAAGAAAGCUGCAAAAUGGACGACUCAGGUUUCCACAGAUCAUUCUUCUGUGUUUCGUGCCAGAAUUGGUGGAAGACGUAGAAGUAGACGUAGAAGUAGAAGGCCCAAGGACUGCAUACACUUUUUUCCAGUUCUGAAGGGGUUUUCCCCCCAAUUUCUGAGCCUGCAGACCUGACAUUCACCCCCCCCCCUCCCAGGUGAUAAACUGCUGCUUAGUAAGCAGAAAUAUCUUUUUCAGCUAUUUGUCUUUUUCAGUCUGUUCUCUCGAUAAAAUUAAAUUACGUCUUUUCUUAAAUAAAUAGCUAGCAUCUGCCAUUGAUUGCUCUUAUGCAGCACUGACACUCUCCCUGGACCGUUUGGUGGUGUUUCUUGGGGUCACUAUGGCAACAAGCCAGCAUUAAGUUUUCUUAAUUUUUUUUAUUUGAUCGUAUCACAUUGUUUCUGUUCUGGGAGUGUUUAUUUUCUGUCACACAAAGCGGAGUCCGCUCUGUAUGAGCAGCAAGCACAGAGAGCCUCACCGGGAAAAUGCCAGGCAACAAGGAAGAUUGCAGCCCCCUUUUUGCGUGACGACCUGAAUUGUUUCCAUUUUUAUAAUCUGUAGGUUCCCAUUUUGGAACCUUGCAGUGUUUCUUCACUGUGGUAUUGAUGAAAUUACCUUUUUUUAUUGGAGAUUUAUAUGACCUGAAGGUGGUUUGAUGAUUAAUAUGUAAACUUUCAAACCUCUGAAAGCAAUUGAAGUAAUACUGUACUUAUAUAGGAUAAUAGUGGAUUAGAGCACAGCACAAGUGUGAUGGCGAUUUUAAGCUUAUCACGUCGCUCGUCCUGUAUGUGUGAGCUGUCUAAUUCAGUGCGUGAGUUGUGAUAUUGUGCUGUUGCUCUGUAGCACAUAAAGGUGCCUAUUUACACAUCCUCAGUGUUUUCUCUGUAAAUCUUUUUACCAAUGUGUAACUCAUUUUUACAUGCAAUCAGGUUACGCUGCAAUGUAAAUAUGUCCGUAAGCUUCUAACGUUCAGCAGAAUCACGGCACAUUGAUAUUGUUGUGGAGUAUCGGUCUCAGAAUUAAAACAAAACAUGUUUUUUUUUUAAAAAAACCUCAACUUGUAUAUGUAGAAGCCUUAAGCCUGUGACUAAUCUUGUGUUUGUACAUUCCAAAGUACUUUUCAUGUUUACAACAUGAACUUUGUAUCGGCAGUUUUGACACUGUGAUAAUUUUUAUUUCCUCCCAAUAAAUAAUUUCAAUGAU